UGGGUAAUAUGAAGUGGCUUCCGGCAAGCCCCGGCGGCCGAAAGCCGGGGCAAACUUGUGGGUUGGGGGUCGCGAGGUUCGCGUCCUCGUCGCCGCUCGGCGACCGCUGCCGUCAGCGGUGGGGAAGAGCUGUCGGAAGUGCCGGCCCACGCCGCUGCCCGUCGCAACUGCACCUCAGCUCACCAUGAACUACAUGCCCGGCACCGCCAGCCUCAUCGAGGACAUAGACAAAAAGCACUUGGUCCUGCUUCGAGAUGGAAGGACACUUAUAGGAUUUUUAAGAAGCAUUGAUCAGUUUGCUAACUUAGUGCUACAUCAGACUGUGGAGCGUAUUCAUGUGGGCAAAAAAUACGGUGAUAUUCCUCGAGGGAUUUUUGUGGUGAGAGGAGAAAAUGUGGUCCUACUAGGCGAAAUAGACUUGGAAAAGGAGAGUGACACACCUCUGCAACAAGUGUCUAUUGAAGAGAUCCUAGAAGAACAAAGGGUAGAACAGCAAAGCAAGUUGGAAGCCGAGAAGCUGAAAGUUCAGGCUCUUAAAGAUCGGGGUCUCUCCAUUCCCAGAGCGGACACUCUUGAUGAGUAUUAAGCUCUCUGCUCAGAGGUUCUCACUCUUGGUAAUCAGGGACUAUGUCACUGACAGAAAGUGACACCCUGGUCACCUCAUACAUUUAACCAGAGACUGUAAUUGUGAAGAGUUAGUUUUAUUGUUAAUUCACAUAUAUACUUUGAAGAAAUCAUGGGAUUUUUUUAUUAUACUUUGUUUAAGAAAAAUCACUGUUUACGGAAACGAUGGACUCCCUUUACCACAUGUCCCUGCAGAGCCAGCAGCUUCAUCUUUAUAUUGCUUUUCUUCUCCCAAAGUAGAGUUUAUGGGAGACGGUCUGUAUUUCUUUGUAAAUUGUAAAUAAAAUAUGAAUCUCAUGUUUCCCAACUGAGAGUUAUCUCCAUUGAUUAGACCACCCAGAAAAGGUGUGAGCACAGCCCAGCUGCUGGAGUUUCUCCUGCCGUGCCCAAGUAGCUGCUCACUGCGGAAGGAAUGUUUUCAUACGGAUUUUCUUGUGGGUUCUCUCGACUCUUUUCAUGUUUUGCUAUGAUCACAGACAAAAUUUACCUUAACUGAAGAGAGCUUUCGGUUACGUUUUCCAGUAACUGGUUGCAACAGAAGCCUCAUGUUUGAGAAAUCACUCCAGUCCUGCAUACCCACAGUUAUUUCAAGCCUUCAGCUGGAGGCUUUUAAAGCGCGGCGCACACGGCCCGGGAAGCAGCUGCAGGUGGGGCCUUGAGCGGCUCGGG